CACCAAAACUGCAUCAUUGAUCAAAGAAGUGCUUUUCCAGAAAAAUUACUCUUGCUUCAAAUGAACUGACCUGAAAAGGAAGUGUCUGAUUGAGCUAGUUUAAAUAUGCAAGCCUGAUGGUCAGUUUUCAAUAUGUUCUGCACAAGCAACAAUCAAUACAUGAGUUUCAAGGUUGAAUGGACCUUUUGUCAAUUACCUCUUCCAUUUUGCCACAUGUAAUUUCUUGUCACCAGUGAGCAAGGAUCAAGAAAAAGAAAUAUUCCAAUUAGCUUUACAGCCCUUCAAGUAUUCUGAGGGAAUUUGUGCUCUACUUUUCUCAAAAGUGCUUCUCCCACACUAUAAGAACCAACAAGCUUCAAGCACAUCUCCACCACACAUUCAAAAGUUCAGUUUCUCUAAUCUUCAAUUCAAUGACUACUACUCGCAAGCAGCUUGAAGUUCUAACAGAUGAUCAAACUCCACACAAAUGGUGUGUUUUAUUGAGAGAAGAUGUGUUCAAGAAGUUCAUGUCUCAAGGCAGUCCAGCAGUGCACAAGGUUUUUGGUGGAGGGUCAUUGUUCAGUCCCUUCUUGUUUGGGAAAUUUUUUGAUCCUUCUGAUGCCUUCCCACUGUGGGAGUUUGAUGCAGAUAUCUUGUUGGCUGGUCUCAGAAGCUCUGGUCAAAGCAGUACUGUUGACUGGUUUCAAACAGAUCAAGAUUAUGUACUAAAAGCAGAUCUACCAGGAGAUGGGAAAAACAAUGUUCAGGUCUAUGAAGAAAAUGGGAAGGUUGUGGAAAUUAGUGGGCAGUGGAAGCAGCAAGGAGGAGAUUCCAAGAGCACAAAAGAUUGGAGAAGUGGGAAUUGGUGGGAACAUGGGUACGUUAGGAAGCUUGAGCUCCCACAAGAUGCAGAUGGGAGAAGAAUAGAGGCCUCUGUGACUAAUGACCUACUUUUGGAAAUCAAAAUCCACAAGAUCAACCCCUUGGAUUGUGAUAUUAAUCAUCUGACCAUGAAAGAUAAGGAAGCAGCGUAAGUUCAACCAAAAUAUACUGCUAGUGAUGACUUGUUUAUUUUGACAUACUUGUUGUAACAUAGGGUGUGUUAUGAUGUACUUUCAUACAAAUGCAUGAUAUAUAAGCUACAAAGAAGAAUGAGAAAGCAAAGGGGAUGUAGCUCAGAUGGUAGAGCGCUCGCUUAGCAUGCGAGAGGUACGGGGAUCGAUACCCCGCAUCUCCAUUUUGUUUUUCGCCAUUUUCCAUAUUAAUUUAGACGACUAUGAGCUAUUGUCGUAUCAAGAAGCUCACACAUAGUGAACGACGCUAAAGUUAGAGAAUCA